AUGGGACUGGCUCUGGGUUGUCUUCAAGUGGAGCAAUCUACCGUAGCAAUCAAAGAGGUUUUUGGCAAAUUUGAUGAUGUUCUUGAACCAGGUUUUCACUGUGUGCCCUGGUUCUUUGGCACUCAAGUAGCUGGUUACCUUACUUUGCGUGUGCAACAGCUAGAUGUUCAUUGCGAGACAAAAACAAAGGACAAUGUUUUUGUCACUGUUGUUGCAUCUAUUCAAUAUCGAGCGAUGGCUGAAAAAGCGGCUGAUGCUUUUUACAAGCUUAGCAAUACAAGGGAACAGAUUCAGGCCUAUGUCUUUGACGUUGUCCGGGCAUGUGUUCCUAAGAUGGAUCUAGAUUCCUCAUUUGAGCAGAAGAAAGAAAUUGCAAGGGCUGUUGAGGAAGAACUUGAAAAGGCUAUGUCUGCUUACGGAUAUGAGAUAGUUCAGACUCUUAUUGUGGAUAUUGAACCAGACGAGCGUGUGAAGAGAGCCAUGAACGAGAUAAAUGCUGCUGCAAGAUCGAGGGUGGCUGCAAAUGAGAAAGCUGAAGCAGAGAAGAUUCUGCUGAUUAAAAAGGCAGAAGGAGAGGCAGAAUCAAAGUAUUUAGCUGGGCUUGGAAUAGCUCGUCAGCGUCAAGCCAUAGUAGAUGGUCUGAGGGACAGUGUGCUAGCCUUCUCAGAGAAUGUCCCUGGGACAUCAUCUAAAGAUGUAAUGGACAUGGUUUUGGUGACCCAAUACUUUGACACGUUGAAGGAGAUUGGUGCGUCCUCAAAAUCCAAUUCUGUUUUUGUUCCACACGGACCAGGUGCUGUAAGAGAUAUUGCUUCACAGUUUAGAGAUGGUCUUCUUCAAGGAAGUGUUGCUCGGUCUUGA